UUACCUGUCAACCAGACCGGGACGGUGUUGUGAAUCUUGUGUCAUGUUUAUGAAUACGCCAUGGCAAUGGAGGAGCAUAAAAGUCGCCUUGUCUACACAUUCUAUAUGCUAACAUUGUUUCUGUGCGGUGCCGUGCUGUUUCUUAUUGGUUUCUUUCCCGCCUCGUAUUCUGUUGCCGAGCAAGAAAGCAGUGUGCCCAUCGACCGUCCAACAACACUGCAUGGCGAAAAGCUUGAACCACCACCGUCCAGCUACAAUUCGUUCAUACUAUUGCUGAUCGAUGCCUUGCGCAAUGAUUUCCCCAGUGAGUCCACUAUGCCGGUUUCCCAUGAGAGGGCUUGCCUCAAGCUUAGCCUGCACGUCGAUAUACCGACGGUGACGAUGCCGCGAUUAAAGAGCAUUACCACUGGCACGCUAUCGAAUUUCAUUGAUAUUGCCCUCAAUGUGGGACACACAGAGCAAGUGGAAGAUUCGCUGCUGCAUCGCCUGAAGCAGCGCGAUGCUGUCGUCUCAUUUGCCGGCGAUCACACAUGGGUGCAUCUCUUUCCCAGUGAAUUUACACGCAAGGCCGAAAAUAAUGAUUCGUUUUACGUAAAUGACUUCUAUGAAGGCGACAAGAAUGUGACUCGAACAUUGGAAUUGGAGUUGGAGAAAGAAGACUGGAAAUUGCUUAUAUUACACUAUCUGGGCUUGGAUCACAUUGGUCAUGUCGAAGGUCAUGCUAGCCCAAAAAUAAAUCACAAGCUUAAAGAGAUGGAUGAUGCGGUAAAGAAGAUAUUGGACCACAAGAACAUGGAGAACUAUCUGCUGUUAUUGACUGGAGAUCAUGGUAUGGCUGAUGGCGGUGGCCAUGGCGGCAAUACGCCCGCCGAGACUUCUGUGCCGCUCUAUUUGUAUUCCAAGAACUGCAGCAAAUAUGCGGGAAGCACAAAGCGUUAUAAUCAGAUCGAUUUAACGCCCACGCUGGCGUUGCUCUUGUCUGUGGAGAUACCGACCAUGUCCAUUGGUUGCCUAAUACCGGAAAUGCUGCAGACUUUAACUUUGGAGCAGCAGAUGUAUGCCUAUUUCUACAAUGCACAUCAUCUGCUCAACAAGGCGAGAGUCAAGUUUGGCCACGAAAGUGUUCGUCGUAGCGAUUACUUCGGUUGGUAUCAGAAUGCAACGCUGUUGCACAAGAAUCUGCUUGAACCACUGCGCUUAGGCGACGGCAGCAGCGCCAGCAAAGUGCACUAUGAGAACGCCAAACUAAAUUAUUUGCGUGUGGCACGUGAGAUAUCCGAACAGUUGUCCGAGUCAUUGGUGAAAUUCGAUUACGGUUUAAUAGCUGUCGGAUUGGCGCUAGCAACAGCGACAUCGCUGCACAUUGUGCUGAACAUUCUGUUUCUGGAUGUAGCAACGGAGCAACUGGGUCUGGAUAUUCUAAAACUGGGGCAGCUGCUUCUGUCACUGGUUAUUGGCAUUAUGUUAAAUGUAGUGGGUCAUAUGCUGGAUCAAUUAAUGACCAGCUCCAUGCUGCAGAGCCUGCUGUUGCUAUUUCCAAUAGUGGCAUCCGUUUAUCUAUCUAUUGAUGUGGCCCAGGCGCUCAUUAAGAUUGCCCUGCCGCCGUUAUAUGCACGCCGCUUGAAGCUUUCAAUACCGCUACCAUUACCACUUCUGCUCUGCUAUGCUAUACGCACCUUCACACUGGGCUCAUCCUCCUUCAUUGAGUUUGAAUACAAGACCUGGUAUUAUUUGGGCAAUACACUAAUAUUGCUUGUUGCAUUGAAGACGCUGCGUCGUCGCAUCACCAAGGCAAAUGUGGAGCUAGAUGGACGGCAUUUGCAUAAAAUUGCCUCGGCUUGCCUGUGGCAACAGCGCAAGAUCUUUGUGGUGCUUAUUUUGCUCACGCUGAUGCGCUAUCUGCACCGCUUAUCGAGUAUCAAGAGCACACUGAUGCUCUUUUCAUUGCUGCUGUUCUGGGCACGCCUGCGCAAGUUUACGGACACGCCGCAGGCCAUCUUCAACGGCAUUGCAUUCAUGCUAGUCUACAGUUUCAGAGGUCUCAAUGGGCAGGUGCAAUUUUUCGUGCUGCCCGAUCAAUUGGCUUCUCGUUAUGUGCUCGCCUUGUUGGUGCUCUUCUGGUGCUGUCUUGCUCUGGUUUUUGUGCUCGGCUAUCGCACAGCUUUGCCGCAACAACAGAGUGGUCAGAGCUUGUUGGAUGGUCCACCUAAGAGCAAUCUGCUGAAGCUGCUGCAAACAAAUCUGACAUGCUCACUAAUACUAACUGCACUGCUGUACAAGGUGCAGAAUAUUGUGCUGCUGCCCACGCUUCUGAUCACGCUGGACGAGACCUACAAACUGUGCGAGGCUUAUGGCACAACAGUGCGCAAAUUCUCGGUGCGUUUAGUGCAUGUCUACAAGAUCAUCAUGACCAUCUUUGUGGCGAGAAUGUUUUACUUUUAUCAGGGCAACUCGAACAGUUUGUCCACCAUUGAUUUGACACCCGGCUACAUUGGCCAGACCAGCUAUAAUCCCGUCAUUGUUGGCUUCUUUGUCACCCUCAACACGUAUAGCGCCGAAAUACAUUCCUUCCUCUAUCUGAUUGUCCACACUUUGCGUGCGGAUUUACGCAGCGUUGGCAUCAUCCAAUCAUUGCCCUCAUAUGCCAAGGCAGCAGAUUCCAUUGUGGCACCCUUAUACGCCGCAUUGGUCAUGUUGCCAGCGGCCUUCUAUCUGUGUCUAAUGGUUGGCUUUCGCUAUCACUUAUUUAUCUAUUCCGUCUUUUCGCCCAAAGUGCUGUACGACUGUUAUACUGUAUUAGUCUUUUACUUGGUAUUCCUAUCAACGAGUUUGUACUUUAAAUUGUUUAAACGCGACGCUUAA